GGUCUCUAAAGAGCUUCGUCCCCAUUUUAAUUGCUCUACCUUCUCUGUAGAGAGAGAAAAUUUACAAACUCAAAAAAAAAAAAAAAAAAAAAAAAAAAAGACACAACACAACACGCGUACAUAUCCUUCACCAACUCUCACUACAGACCACACCCCGGACACCACGUUCGUCGUGGAUAUGAAAUCACCUAUCAACGACGGCAAAGAAUUAAAGGGCAUUGGGGACUCUCCGACGAUUAAAGCUCUUCUUGUGGGAUCUAUAGCUGUGAGCAACAACUCAGACACCAUAUCUAAGUCCUAAUUCUAAAUUCCGAUCCUAUGAAUUUUCAAGCUUGGUUAUGGCAUCAACAUUUGCAUCUGUGUCUUUGAUUGAUGAAAUCAAUUUUCGAACCCUAAUCCUCGUCGGACACUUCUACCCCCACAAUCUUCAUUCACCUUCAUCUCUCGAAUCCUCUGUAUUUCUUCAAUACUUUCAUCCCAAGCUCUUCAAACGGUUCGAUUUCGACACCAAAUCCAUGCGGAAGCUAAUAGAGGCCGCAAUUUAGAGGAUAAGGACUGGUUGUUCGGAUUGAUGAUAUUUUUGCAAAUUGGUAAUCUUGCUCAUGUCACUACUUUUCACGGAGCGGUUAACCUCAAACGAUGGAGCAAUAGAGAAAGAUGACAAUUAGGCAAAUUGGGUACUUGCUGGAUCGUGGGGUUUUUGAUUGGUGGCUUGCAGCAAAAUGGUUUGAUGCAAACUGGGUACUUGCUCGAUCAUAAGUUCUGGAAAUGAGCUCGACAAACAUUGUUAACUUACGUAGUGAUGAUGAACUCAGAGAGUUGGAUGUGAAACCUGUUAAACUAGAGCCGGAUUUGCUUGGGGGCUCAGUGCAACAUAAAGAGUACCAUAAAACUGAUCUUCCCCAGCAUUGUGAGCUUGAAGCCCAUCCUAGAAGACAAGGUUCUGAAGAAAAGAGAAGCUCAAAUGCUAUAAGUAGUGGUCAAAGUGGCACCACUGAUCAGGAGCAGUCUCCAAUCAACAAUACAAGCCUUUCUUCUAUGUCAACUAUAUGUUCAGCACCACUUUGUCGGCAAUUUUGGAAUGCUGGGAACUAUGAUGAUGGGCUUGCUUCUAAAUCCACAUUUCAAAAUGGCAAUAGUUAUCUUCACAUUCACCCCAAGUUCCUUCAUUCAAAUGCUACUUCACAUAAAUGGGCCUUUGGCGCAAUUGCAGAGCUGCUUGACAAUGCAGUUGAUGAGGUACAAAAUGGGGCCACCUUUGUCAUUGUAGAUAAAACCACAAAUCCAAGGAAUGGAAGUCCGGCAUUGUUAAUCCAAGAUGACGGUAGCGGAAUGGAUCCAGAAGCAAUUAGGCGUUGUAUGAGUUUUGGAUUUUCAGAUAAGAAGUCAAAAUCAGCUAUUGGAAAGUAUGGGAAUGGCUUCAAGACGAGUUCUAUGAGAUUGGGGGCAGAUGCUAUUGUCUUCAGCCGCCACCUGGUGAACAGGAAAUUAACUCAAAGCAUCGGUCUUUUAUCUUACACAUUUUUGACACAAACAGGCCAUGACAGAAUUGUAGUUCCUAUGGUAGAUUAUGAGUUCAACACAUCAACUGGCACAAUGGAUACUUUAUAUUGCUAUGGUAACGAACAUUUUAUGUCUAAUCUUUCCAUGCUGUUGCAGUGGUCUCCAUAUUCAACUGAAGCAGAGCUUCUGAAGCAAUUUGAUGACAUUGGGGUCCGUGGCACAAAGAUCAUCAUCUACAAUUUAUGGUUAAAUGAUGAGGGUAUUAUUGAGCUAGAUUUUGACUCAUAUACUGAGGAUAUUCGUAUAAGACGUGAUGCCGAAAGUAUUGAGAGACGUAAGUCAAUGGCCAUAAGUGAACAGCACCUUGCUAAUCAACAUCGUUUUUCUCUCCGGGCAUACUUGUCCAUCUUGUAUUUGCGAAUACCUGAAAGUUUCCGGAUGAUAUUGCGUGGGCGAGUUGUUGAGUAUCAUAAUCUUGCCAAUGAUCUCAAAUUUCCAGAUUUCAUCUUGUAUAGACCUCAAAAUGGUCGAUGCGUGGAGGGUACAGUUGUAACAACAAUAGGAUUCCUGAAGGAAGCUCCACGUGUCAAUUUACAUGGCUUCAAUGUUUACCACAAGAAUCGUUUAAUAUUGCCGUAUUGGAAUGUUGUAAGCUCCAGUGACAACAGAGGUAGAUGGGUUGUAGGUGUUCUGGAAGCAAAUUUUAUUGAGCCCACUCACAAUAAACAAGAUUUUGAGAAAACCAACGUUUUUCAAAAGCUUGAAGGCCGUUUGAGGGAAAUGACAUUUGAAUACUGGGAUUGUCAUUGUGGAGUCUUUGGGUAUAAGCCUAAGAAAAAACCUCGGGUAUCACUGCCAUCUCAGGCGUCAUCUGAUUGCAGACCACAUACUUUUACACAACCUGUUGUGUUGAGUAGAAGUUCCUCUGCUAUUGGUAGUAUAAGAGCAGCAUCGGCAGGUGAGGUCCUUCAGCAUCCAUUAGCUGCUUCCUCUAAUUACUUAGUUGGAAGACCCGGACAAUCAAUUAUCAACUCUCAAGGAAACUCCCAAGGAGCACAAUUGAAGAGGAAAGAACAUGGUUGUUUAGUAGAAGCUGAAAAGGUCAAAAGUAAGACUGGGAUGGUGGACACUGCAAUUAAUGCUGGGUUCCGUCAGGAAUUGCAGUUUGCUGUUCCUACAAAUGAGUUGGAUCAAGAGGCGAUGAACCUGAUACAGGAGAACAAAAAGCUCCGAUCACAAUGCUUGGAAUAUAAGAAGACGGAGAAAGAACUUAAUCUCAAGGUGAAUCGGCUUAAAAGUGAAUUAGGAGAGUUCCAAUAUGAGUACACUCGGCUAUUGGCUGAAUCGCAAUUGUUGGACAAAGUCAAGGAGGAGAAUAAUGUUAUUGCUAGAAUGGUUAAGUUGCAUGGGCAGAUGUCACGGCAAUGGUUGUAGUGACACAAAGGAGUCAAGGGCCCCUUGUCUGUAUCCACUAACAAGGAGUAAGCAACACUAUCUUUACAAGAACAUUGUUGGCAACAACAACAAAAGAGCAUUGGAACCUGUACUGAACAAGGUAUUUCCAAAUACAAUCUCUUUGGGGAGAAUUUGAACAGUAUCUCUCACAAAGAUGAAAAUUUUCAGGUAUAUAUUUCUCAGGCUCCUUGCUCAGGACACGGUGAGAGUCGUUCAUUGGCUCUAUGAUUCAACUGUAACCCCAAUGGGGACGUCUUGUGAUAUGCAUAAAGACUGAAACAAGAAGGAAAUGCGUGUACAAAAAGAUCAGUUGCUAGAAUUAUCAAAUCUCGUUGUUAAUAUUUAUUUACUUCCUAAAAAUCUUAAAAUUGAGUGCAUUCACCAGUUUUCCACCUAGAACAACAUUGCAAAGGUAAUAUAGAUAGCGUGGCGUUGUUAUC